GUGAUUGUGGGGCCGACGGCACGGCAUUUGCUUUAAGAGCUGAGACCAACAACAGAAGAUGAGUGCGGCGGCGAACACGCCUGUAGAUCUUUUUGCCUUCUCUCGAUGGCCGCCGCAGGUUUGGACUGUGUCGGGGUCUGGGAACCAUGCCUAGCUUACAUGUCGAACAACGCGAUGAGGAUCAAAGGAGCACUGCCGGGGCUCGCUGCCAAACGUUGAACGUCAGGUAUUUCAGCCGAUGCUGCCUGCCGCUGGGUAUUCGAGGAGCCUAGCAUUCGGGACUCUCUCUCUAUACGCUUUGCCGCCUAAAGCGCUCACAGAGCGCUCACAGCGACCCUCCUUUUCCCCGUUGGCUCGUUGGCAUCUGCAUCAGGCGUAUUUUCUGAGGACUUUAUCAGUGUGGCCCUCGCAAAUAUGGCAAGCACAGCGAAUGAGAUGGACGUCGACGUGCGGCCAGGGCGGUGCUUCUUCACGACCUUGCCUCCGGAGGUGAUGGACACCGUAGGCUACUAUAUUGCCAUUUCUUCUCCCGGAUCUCGAUCCGAUCCUGUUGGUACUAACGCCCCGCCCGAUCACGGAACUCAUCGCCACCAUUAUACAAGGUCGAAGGGCCGCGAAGCCGAUAAAGCACGCGACAUGCUUGGGUCAGGCCCGCCUGCCUAUGCCACACCGCCAGCACAGCUCAUCUCACUCUUAUUGUCGUGCAAGUAUGUCUACAACAUGUUGAACGAGACCGCAAGCCCAGGGCUCUAUGCACGCAUCUUCAAGACCAAAUUCGAUUAUGAAAGCAUCGCUAGGCGCUUUGGGCAAGAUGCGGUCGACGCAAAAAGCCUUACCAUCGAACUCAAGAAGAGGUGCCGGUGCCUCAAACGAAUCAAAGCGACCGUCAUGGGCAGAAGAAUCAGGAGGGCCGGUCUGUCCGACGAGGAAUCACAAAAGGAGAUGGAGGAGAAUCUUUGGCUGGCGUAUCUGAUGAUGCUCGAGAAUGAUGGCAAGAAUCGUUACCAGUUACGAUGGGCCUCCAUCGACAGAUACUUACACAUGCACUACGAGCAAGAAAUGCUUGGCAGUAUCAUCAAGCCUGGCUACCCGCCAGACUCAGUCGACCGCGCCCUCUCCCUGCACUUGCACUAUCUUGUCUUUGGGGACAAGGAACUCUCGCAAGAGACUCCGCAGGACAGUGAGGAACGGAUGUUUGUACUGCGUCCAUAUGUCUUUGCAGCCCACAAGUUCAACCCCUACUUGGCGCCAUGGAUGGUCUGGGAUCUUCCGACUGGCGACAAGGAACUGCCGGUCACACAGCCUGGCAUGAUCGACGAAAAUGGCGAAAUGGCGAGCGAAGUACACGAUCCUUUCCUGAUGGAUUACUCGUUUCAAACACGCACUUGCACGAUCGAGCAUUGCGCGCAGAAGCUCCACCUAGCUGCUCCUGUUCUGGCACACGCUGCUUGCCUGAUGUUCUUUCAGCGCGUCGAGCGUGAUCCCGCGGCCAUGGGCCUUGCUCAUUUGCGCGAAGGAGCCGGGGAGGCAGCUAGCAUUGCCGAAGCUGCAGCUGCAGCGGCCGCAGGAAACGAUCAGGCCGCAUCACGCGACAGUGUUGGCGGCUGGGCGCUUGCACAGGUCUUCGAAGGGAUGAACUUCACUGCACCCGCGCAGAGUUCUCAAGGACGGCACGACAGGCGCUUUGGUGCUUUCAAUAGGCGGAGAGCAAACCUUGCUGAGGCCACCAUGCUCCGCUCUAUACAUCAUGACAAGGAUUUUGCGCGCCUCAUGGCCUGCUGCGACCCAAGGUCGGGCAUCGGCUUGAGACCGAGCUUUCACGCAGGUGAUUUCGAAGGCGCGUGGGAGGGGAGGUUCAGCUUCUUCGACUUUGACAGUUACCGAGACAUGCUCGCGGGCCUGAUGAGUAGCCUUUAUGAAGGCCCUUUCGGCGAACAGCCGCAGGUAUGGAAAUUAAAAGAGAGGAUGGUGAGACUUGGCGAGCAUGAUCACAAGGGAGGCGAAGGUAGCAUCCUUUCGGCGGGCUACCUCGGCACACGACAAGAAGCAGAAGACGAGCAAGCAUAUGGCUGCGCUAGCGCCGAUGAGAAUAGGCCACCAAACGACAUUGUUAGACGGAGAGGCCAAAACAUCAAACUAUUUCAAAGGCCCACAGGGCGAGCGCUAGAUGACAUGCGCUCGCCAUCCGACUCUUCCUGGAGCUGGCAGCGCUCUUCGCGGCAUACAAGAGACGACAGCCAGGAAUUUCCGUCCUUUGGCGCCGAUGAGCUAAGCACUGUGGAAGAGAUUGAAUACGGCGACGAUCCAGACAAAUUUGAGCUUCGUUUGUCCGGGUCGGGGCAUUCCGCAUGGGGGAGAUUCAACCUUCAAGGUCGGAUCAGGAGCUGGGACGGCAUGAUGAUCAUGAAGAAGGAAUAUACACCCGACGGCCGCGGCCGGUGGCUCUACCGAGGGUACGCGCUUGGAGGCGGCAAGCUUGUUGGACGGUGGCGCGAUACGUUUACCCCCGAGAGCAUGAGUGGUUACGAAGGAUGUUUCUGCCUGUACAAACGUGAACAGGCUCUCUGACGAACUCGCCCCUGUUUGUUGUAUUCUCAUACCCAGAGACGAAAUAUGCACCUGCACAAGCAUAAUACAAAGUAAACGCAAUUAGCAAUGUAUUGUCAGCUGAUUUGAUCAUGG